AUUUUGUUUCACGUCACCUUAUACGUUUACAAGGAUAGAAGCCGACAACAAACUAAACAACUAAAACUGGAGGGGAAAAUGAGAUCGCUCCUCCUUAUGGGGUUGAGUUUAGGGCUCACAGCAGCUGUAAUAGGAAAUGCAUUUUAUCAAAAGAAACAGUUUUAUCCUUCGGUCGUUUACAUCACAAAAUCAAAUCCAUCUAUGGCAGUUAUAUACAUACAAGCUCUUGUGUUUGUAGUCUUGAUGGGUAAAUUGUUGCGUGCAUUGUUCUUUGGACAGCUCAGAGCAGCAGAAAUGGAGCAUUUGAUUGAACGUUCCUGGUACGCUGUUACAGAAACUUGUUUGGCCUUCACUGUGUUUAGAGAUGAUUUCAGUCCCAAAUUUGUGGCACUCUUUACACUUCUUCUAUUUCUCAAGUGUUUUCAUUGGUUAGCUGAAGAUAGAAUAGAUUAUAUGGAGAGAAGUCCAGCCAUAUCCUGGGUAUUUCAUAUAAGGGCUCUGUCUCUGAUGUUUGUGUUGGGUCUGCUAGAUAUUUUCUUUGUGAGGUAUGCUUUCAUCUAUACACUUUCAAAGGGGCCUUCAGUGCAGUUAGUAUUUGGUUUUGAGUAUGAGAUUCUGUUUACCAUAGUCUUGAUGACCUUUAUCAAGUAUGUUCUUCAUUCAAUUGACUUACAAAGACAGAACCCAUGGGACAAUAAAGCAGUUUAUUUACUUUAUUCAGAACUUGUCAUGGGUUUCAUAAGAAUGGUGUUGUAUGUGGCUUUUGUAUUCAUAAUGAUUAAAGUACAUACAUUCCCAUUAUUUGCUAUAAGGCCUAUGUACUUAACAGUCAGAGCUUUCCAGAAGGCAGCUCAAGAUGUUAUUCUGUCUAGAAGAGCAAUAAGACACAUGAAUACAUUAUAUCCAGAUGCAACACCUGAAGAGCUUAGUUCAGGGGAUAAUGUUUGCAUUAUCUGCCGUGAAGAAAUGACAACAGGGUGCAAAAAACUUCCUUGCAAUCAUAUCUUCCACACAAGCUGCCUGCGAUCAUGGUUUCAGCGCCAGCAAACAUGCCCAACAUGCAGGCUGGAGGUGCUGCGCAUGCCUCGUACAACUCCUGUAGCAGCAGCAGCACCACCAGCACAGCAACCACAACCUGCUCAAGCACCGCAACAUCCAGUCAAUCAAGUUCAGAAUCCCUUUCAAAAUAUGCAAGGGAUGUUUGGUGGGCUCCCCUUUCAGUGGCCACCAAAUGUUGCUGGUCAGGCUGUUCCUCCUCCACCUUUUAUAUGGCCACCACAACAGCAGCAAGCUGCCGCUGGUGUUGGAGCACAGCAACAACCUGUUUCGUCAGCAGAGACGCCAUCACAGAUCCCUAUAACAACAUCAUCAUCAACCAAUAAUGUUGGAGCUACAGCCACUUCACCUACAGUGCCUCUAACCACAGCAAACAGUUUAAAUGUUCCACCAUUUGCCAUUCCUCCUUUCAUGCCACCUAUGAUGCCACCUUUGUUUUCACCCUUUGGUUUCCCACCACCACCAAUGCCAAUGACAGGUUUAAGUGAAGAGGAGCUAAGGGUGAUGGAAGGCACAGAGAGAGCUAACAUAGAAGCAAGGAUCCAGUGGUUAAGAGACAUUCAGGCUCUGUUAGAUGGGGCCAUGGUACUUAUCAAUCAAUACAAUACGGUAGCCAAUCAUAUAGGCACUUUUGGAAUUAACACAGCACCAGUCCCUCCAGUCAUUUCUCAGUCUGGGUUAUCAAGUGAGGUUUCAUCAGGGCCACAUCAGACAUACUCCACAUGGUGGCCAGAAGGAUCUGGGGCUAGACCUAAAUACACUUCUACUUUAAGUAAAACACAAACCACUGACUCACCCAAUGAGAGGAAGAGCAGUUCAACAGUGCAAGAUACAGUAGUAUCAGGAGCUAGUGGAUUUACAGCGCCAAGGGAAGAAAUUAUUCCAGCUUGGGAAAACCCCAGGGAAGAAGGCCACGAAGAUGACAUGCAUGAAGUUCGCAAGAGGCGCCUUCAGCAUUUCACCCAGCAGCUCCAGGCUAGCUACAGCACACCAACUCUGUGUUCCAAUGGCAAUAGUGACAACUCAGGUGUACCAUCUUCUAGUAUUAAAAAAGAUGAAGAAGAUCACUAACAGAUUUCUUCAGUUUGCCUCCAUGGCUCAUGGUGACAAAACAAUACAACUAUUCUGUUGGCAGUCCUAAAGAAGGACCCUGCAUCAAGAGCCCAAUUUCCUGUGAUUAAUUUUUGUAGAUGUCUUCUUUUAUGUCUUUGUUAACAGAAAAAAAUGAAGUUGCCUCCAUUGUUUGUGCGCACCAUGGAAUACCUUGCAAAAACAUUUGGUUCUGUAUUUGGAUGUGUGUGUGUAUGUUUAUGUCACAGAGAACACUCAAAUCCAAUGAACAAGUAAGCAAGCUCAUGCAAGCUGUGACCAUCAGCCUUGUUUUGGAACAAUAAUUUGUGCUGAGAUCCAUUGGAUAACUAGACAAUAGUUGUGUGCUGAUAGCUGUUGGAUAACCAGACAAUAGUUGUUUUGGUUCUGCUGCUAACUUGAUCAACUUCUUUGUUAUUUUGAAACAUUUCUUGUGUAAAUAGAUGAGCUAUUUCUACUUUACUCUGUUGAUGUUAAUAUCAAUAUUUUUGAAAGCUUAAUCCCCUAUGAUUUAUUUGUCCUCUACUUUCAGACUGUUUUAUUUGUAAUAGACAAUUUAAGAAAGACUCUCAAUAAGAGUUUCAUUCUUUUUAAAAGCAUUUGAUGGUAUGAAAAUCAUUGAUAUAUUUACUUUGAAGAAAUUAAAACACUAAGUAUUGAUAAUUUAGUACCAUUUAAUUGACAAGUACUCAAAGUAGAUAUUUUAAAACCAUUUCUAUCAAUGCUAUACUCUCAAUAGAUUUGUAACAUUACAUCAUAUUAUACCAUAUGUAAAUUUAGCAGUAAGUUAUUAAGAUAACAAAAAACGUGAAGAAAUUUAUGCAUACCAUUAAAAUGAUUUGAUUCAA